CAUCCUUGCGUCCCUUCACCUUCACACGCACAUCUCGCACGUGCACUUUUCCUUUUUUCUCGCCACAUCUCUCUCUCUCUAAAUCAUAACAUUCCAUUCCUAAAAACUCAAAUCAAAAUUCAAAACCCUAUCACUGCCAUUUUCUCUAUCCAAUGGGAGCGGUUACGUCGUCGAUGGCGGCGAAGUUCGCCUUCUUUCCGCCGAAUCCGCCGUCGUACGGCAUCGGAGUUGACGAAGCUACCGGAAAAAACAAGAUCACUGGAGUUUCCACUAGAGAAAACGUCGACGUUUUGAAGCUUUGUACGAAGAGAGCAAAUAGCAUCGUUGCUUUGUAUAUAAAGAACACUUCAGCUUCUCUUACGGUUCUGUAUUCUCAUGGAAACGCCGCUGAUCUGGGUCAGAUGUACGAGUUGUUCAGUGAACUCAGUAUUCACCUCCGAGUCAACCUCUUGUGUUAUGACUAUUCUGGGUAUGGUCAAUCUUCUGGGAAGCCUAGUGAACAGAACACUUAUGCAGAUAUAGAGGCUGCUUAUAAAUGUUUGGUAGAAAUGUAUGGGGCCAAAGAAGAAGAUAUUAUUCUGUAUGGACAAUCUGUUGGUAGUGGUCCUACUACAGAUUUAGCUUCCCGUUUACCCAAUCUUCGAGCUGUCAUUCUCCAUAGUCCCAUCCUAUCUGGCCUUCGAGUCAUGUAUCCUGUGAAGCGGACUUACUGGUUCGACAUUUAUAAGAACAUCGAUAAAAUUCCUUUGGUCAACUGUCCAGUUCUUGUAAUUCAUGGAACAGAUGAUGAUGUAGUAGAUUGCUCCCACGGGAAGCAACUUUGGGAACAUUGUAAAGAAAAGUACGAACCAUUAUGGGUUAAAGGAGGAAAUCAUUGUGACCUAGAACUUUACCCUCAAUAUAUAAAGCACCUAAAGAAAUUCAUUGCAGCUAUCGAGAAGUCCUCACGUCAAAGAACUGAACCUGGACCAGCUCCCGAUCAACUAGACAUACCUCGGGACAGCAAAGAUUUCAGAGAGAAACCUAGACCUAGCAUGGAUCUAAGGGAAAACUCUAGACGAAGUAUUGAGUUCAAAGAAAAGUCUAGAAUAAGCACAGACCUUAAAGAAAAAUCAAGAUCUGGAGUGGAUAAAAGAGAUAAAUCAAGAAAGAGUGUAGAUCGCACCGACAAAUUAAAUAAUGGAGCAGACAUUCCUGAGAAAGCUAGAAAUAGCAUUGACCGUUUUGGGGGGAUGGUUAGAUCAGUUGGAUUAUGCAAUAUUGAUUGUUUCAGACCGUCGGCAACUCAUGCAUAAAGAUGACACGCUUACACGCCGAGGUUGUAUUCUUCUAAUUGAUUAUUUGAUUGGUUUAUGGGAUGUAUGGUUUAUAGGAAUCUGUUCCACCGUGUGAUUUAUUUUCUAAAAUUUAUAGAUAUAGAUCAAAAAGUAAUUUAACCAGGCCACUAAAUUUUCUUAAAAUAUCAUAAUCUAACCUCUCUGUUAUUAGUAUUCCUGCAUAGACCAAGGUAGUGACUAGCGAGUUCUAUUGUUUGGAUUGGUGUUGCUUGCCAUACAAACAACAGUUAUACAAAAUGUCACCAUUUAUGAAGUGUUAGAUUUACUUCUA